AUGGGUGCUAAAGGGGAGUUUUAUUCUCCGUUUUCAGGCAAGUCCUGGAAGGCUCUGAGCCUGUCGCAGAAGCGUCCCUACGUGGAGGAGGCCGAGCGGCUGCGGGUGAAGCACAUGCAAGAUUACCCCAACUACAAAUACCGGCCCCGGCGGAAGAAGCAGGUCAAGCGCAUCUGCAAACGGGUGGAUCCUGGGUUUUUGCUGGGCAGCCUGACGAGGGACCAAAACGCCGUGCCGGAGAAGCGGACCUGCGGCCGGGCCGGGGGGGAAAAAGAGGGUCCGGGUGAGUACCCACCUCGCCCGGGCCUAGCGGCCGGCCGGGGAUACCGGGAGGCCCCGUGCAGCAGCAGCAGCAACGGUAGCACCAGUGUGGACACCUACCCCUACGGGCUGCCCACCCCCCCGGAGAUGUCUCCGUUGGACGCCAUAGACCCCGAGCAGAGCUUCUUCUCCUCGGCCUGCCCCGAGGAGCAUCACCGCUCCCACCUCGCUGGAGCCACCUACUCCCCGGAGUAUGCGGGGAGCUCCAUCCCGUGCAACCACCACCCUCUCAGCCCCAUCCCGCAGCCGGCCACAUGCAUGAUCCCCCCGGCCUCCAGCUGCCCUCCUCUUCCUCCUCCUCCCAGCUACUACACGCCCGCCUUCCCUUCCUUGCACCCUCCUAGCCUCCAUGCCCACCUGGGCCAGCUCUCCCCACCGCCUGACCACCACGGCUUUGACACCUUGGACCAGCUGAGCCAAGCCGAGCUCCUGGGGGAGAUGGACCGCAACGAGUUCGACCAGUAUCUCAACAACCCUGGCCAUGGUGACCACCAGGGCGGUGUCUUGGCCAAUGGACACGUCCCGGCGUCUGGCAGCUCCCACACCUCCGAGACCAGCCUCAUCUCCGUCCUGGCCGAUGCCACGGCCACCUACUACAAUAACUACAGCGUCUCCUAGACCCCCCCGCCGGCCGGGGGCCACCUGGACCGGCCGAGGAAGGACCCAACACAGUAUUACGAGGCGUUGCUGCCCCGGGGACAUCGCUGGCCGCCCCUCGGGGUGACCGAGUCCGAACCGUGAGGGCCGUGGAGACUCCUCGGUGGUGUAGGUAAAGGAUUUCGGUCGUCAGUUCACCACUGGUGCAAAGCCUGGGGUGCUCUGCUCCCAAGGUGGGGGGGCAAAGAGGGGCAAUUUCCCAAUGCCAAAGCCCUUGGGCCAAGUCCCUCUUCCAAAGCAGAGAUGCUCAAGGGGGUGUGGGAAGGCUCCCUGCCGUUUUGGGGCACCCCCAGCUCUGCUUUGGAGUCAGGGGGUGGCAGCAUCCCACAAAAAGCAGCUCUGAAGUCCUGGGAGGGGCAAAAAAAAAAAAAGCCCUGGAAGGGGACAAGGCAGGGAUGGCGGGGGGAAAAGGGAAGAUUUUGGUAAAGGGUCUGCAAGCCACCCAUGGCUCUUGGCACCCUGACCUGGGGGUGAAAUCUGCCUUGUCCCCCUGCCCCCAGACCACAAGUUGGGGGCUUCAUCCCCUCAGGAAGCCCCAGAGGGGCUGGGACACCAGGGAUGCUGCUGGGCUGUCCCUGGGGAUGCACGGUGGGGGCUGCAGGGGGGGACAUUGCAGAGGAGGGUUAGAUCAGGGCUUGCAAAGGCAGGAUGGGGCCAGCAUCCACGUCCCCCUCAUGGUUUCUCCUUGGCCUCCCACUGGGCCGGGAAGGCGUCCUGGGAUGAGCACUUGGGGCAAAGAGGUGAUGAUGUAGCAGACACAUGUUGUUUCGUUGUUUUGUUUUAUUUUUUUAACCAAACAUCCUUUGAAGGCAAAGGCUCCACGUUUCGAGCCGCAGUGCCCAAUGCCUCUUCUAACUCCGGCGUAUUAUUGCUUGUAAUAAAGCUGUACAUUGAUUUAUUCCUUCCAUUAUUCCUCCCCUCGGAUUUUGUAUUGCUCGAGUUCUCUUCCUUUUCAUAAAGAUGAAGCUUUAUUUUAAAUCAGUUAUAUGACAUGAUUAAUCUUAGUGUUUACUGUAUGGCACUUGGUAAUGAUUAGUUAGUAGUGUGGCUAUGAUUUUCUGGUUUCAGUCCCCAACGUGUAUUAAUAAUAAUUGCAAAUAAUACUUAAAAAAAACACCCCAGAACUUCACAGGUUUUUUUAAGCUAAUACAUUCCAUCUUUUUUGUGUGACUCUAUGCAUUUUGAAUGAGUGUAGAUACGAGUUUGCAUAAAAUAUUUAAUUUAAAUAAAUGUUUUUAUACAAUGAUUGUUUUAUGAUUUAAAUUGCUGUAGCUAUUGACAAAGAUUUCAAAACAGAAACA